UUCAACCAUCCGGAAAAUUUGUCCUCAAAACAGUGUACGUUCGAAGGUGUGCAGACGACACAACAGUGGCAGUUUUACCUUAAAAUAACAGUGAAUUAUCAUGGAUUCUGCAGUGAGAAAAAGAGUCAAAUCUUCGCCGGCUUCCGAGUCCAAAACACAGGGACCUCAGCGGCCUAGAGGAGGGGUCAAUGCUAAGUAUGUAGCGGUCUUCCUGGUUGUACUUUUUACGGUGAUUUUUGUUGGGACCUUUUUGGGACUGGGCGUUCUCGGCCUCGGUAACGAUCCGCUGAAGACACUGAUGUCAAAGACGAACACGAGAUCUGAAGUUUGGUCAUCUGAGCCGGAGGAAACCGAAAUGAGAAAUUCUGCUAAACCAUUGCCAGUGUCGGUGAAGGUAGCACCAUUGACAAAACCAACAAUUCUUUGGUGGACUGACAAGUUAUUUCCGCAUUUCCAAGGUAAACAAACCGUUGAGAUUGAGUGUGGGCUCAAGGAGGGACUAGGAACAUGUCUAACCACAACAGAUAAGAAUGUUUUAUCGGACCCCCUUGCUAGGGGGAUUAUUUUUUACGGAACCGAUUUCCGAGCUUACGAAGCGCCUCUUCCGCGAGAACCUUGGCACGAGUGGGCUCUAAUACAUGAAGAAUCCCCGCUCAACAAUCAAAUAUUUUCGCAUUCAGUCGGAAUGUCACUUUUUAAUCAUACGUCAACAUUUCGACGAGAGUCGGACUUCCCAAUUACAACUCAACACAUAAAGAAUCUGAAAUACCUGACAGAGCGACAACCUCUUCCAAUAACCAAGAAAAAUCAGCACCGCCAGAAACUUGCUCCAAUUUUAUACGUUCAAUCUCAUUGUAACGUUCCGUCAGAUCGUGACCGUUACGUUAAAGAAUUAAUGAAAUAUAUAGAUGUGGAUUCCUACGGAAAAUGCGCCAACAACAAACAGCUUCCUGAGAAUCUUCAAGAUCCGGUAGAAUCAAUGGAAGCGCAAGAGUUCCUCGAUUUCAUCUCGAGAUAUAAAUUUCAUCUUGCGUUUGAGAACGGUAUCUGUGAAGACUACAUCACCGAGAAGUUGAUUCGUCCGCUCCAUGUUGGGUCCAUCCCAAUCUAUAGAGGCUCUCCCUCGGCUCAAGAUUGGAUGCCUGAUGAUCACUCCGUCAUCUUUGCGGAGGAUUUCAAAUCACCCAAGGAGCUUGCGGCGUUCAUCAAACGUCUCGAUGAAAACGACGGAGAAUAUCAGAAAUAUCUUUCCUUCAAGGAAGUUGGUAUCCAGAAUAAUUUGUUGAGACAAACAAUGGAGAGCAGAACAUGGGGCGUUAAUGAAUGGCGAGUACCCAGUUUCAUCACUGCAUUUGAGUGUUACGUCUGUGAAAAGAUACAGGAAAGACUGAAGGCAGAGAAAGCCCAUGCUGACGAUCCCUCCCAACCUUUGCUGCCUCCUAGAGUAGCUAAACCCAAUCAUGUCGGUUGUCCAGAGCCGUCAAUCUCACAUGGUGAUUGGAGUCAAGUCAGAAGCAGAGACAACAUCUAUUUCUGGAGGGAAGACUUUCACACCUCCAAGGAACAAGCCAUUGCUUUGAAGAACAUGAUCGACAAAGGCGCAACAGAUUCCUCCAAACUAUUUGAUGAACUUCAACAAAUGUAUCAACAAAAUGGUUAAGCCUUUGCUUACAAUUGUUGACUUGUGCCGACUGUACCCAUAUCCCUUCUCCUUCAAGAGUUUGUAAAAAAGUCCUUUAAAUGAAAGCUUUCUGAAACUGUAAAGGUUGUAUUCAAAAGGAUCAAAUGCAGUCCUCUCAAACUGUGUGAUGACCUUAAAAUAACAGGGAGAAAACAGGGUAAAAGCAUGAACAGUAAAGGGUUUGAAGUCUGAACCCAUUUUGUUUGGACACAUUGUUAGGCUUGUGUAUUAUGACUGGCGAUAAAAAUAUGUUGAAACGUUUUGUAAAUUAAAAACUUCCUGUCUGGACGCUUUAUCAUAAUUAUCAUUUCCUGAAUGUAAAACCAUAAGGAAAGAUUUUACUUCCACAAAAGGAGGUAACAAUUAUAUUUUCUUGCCAGCCUAUAUUUUGUCAAGACGAUUUUAUUUUAAUGAGAAAAUGGUACAAAAUGUAGCAUCGGAUAACUGCCAUACAUGCAGUUGAAUCAACCAUCAACUCCCAGUUAUGUGGUAUUGUCAAAUUUGUAUAGCGCCCUCUUUUGGCAAAUUAUGAUGCUAGAGAAGCUACCCACAAUGCAAUAAAUGGCAGGUUUGUUAAAGGUGAUAUUUUAAUCCAAUUUGAAGUGGAAUGCAUGAGAGUAAAUAAAGACCUAUAUUUAGGGAUUGCGUUUUCUAA